GCCUCGUCGCUGCUUUUAGUCGCAGCCACAGAUCGCUACGUCAUUCGUUCAUUUUUCUGGGCCGCACGGCUGAAGUCCAGCCUUGCGAAUCAUCAUAAUCGACUUUCUCCUUCUCCCAGUCUUGCUCUACCGAUAUUCCAUAACAUAUACCUGUUGCUUUCAUAGCUAGAAGACAAGGCCAUGCAAAUCGACGAGGCAGCUUCGCUCCUCCUCCUUAUCGGGUCAAACUAGCCCUUCAUGGUGAGCUAUUGACAAGCUUGUGCGCCCAGGCCCUUCUCCACCUCGGCGCCCUUUGACACCAGUUUGAAAUGACCUUUCUUAAGGCCGUGACACUUUUUGCUACUUGCGCAUGCUGCAGCUCCAGUCACUUUGGCCGCUCUUGUAUUUUGUGGCUGAUGACGAGCUGUUCUCCUCCUUAUCGCUUCCGAUUGGCUUCUGAUUGGGUCAGUCUGGUGUCCAUCUUACUGGUCAACCAUUUGCGGUAUGGAGCCCGCGCUUUGUAAUUUUUGAGAUAGAGUCUUCUGGGAGGCCAUCUUACCAUUGAGAACGCCUGUCAAUCCCUUAACCGACGUGCUACUACCAGCCUUGAACAAAUCCGCAAUCAGAGAUGACGCUCCCAACCCAUUUCCCCCUGGCAGUUGCUGGCGGAAAGACUGUCCAGAUCCCAUCCGUUGGCUUUGGGACUUGGGGUGGAGGUAAUCCAGGGUGGUGCAAAGCGGCCACCUUGACGGCCCUCAAACAGGGAUACAGACAUUUGGAUUGUGCAUGGAUGUACGGUGUCGAUGAAGAAGUUGGGGCCGCGAUCCGAGAGUCAGGAAUCCCCAGAUCCGAGCUGUUCAUCACGACCAAGUUCUGGCCGCACUUCUCCGCGCCUGAGAAUCUCGAAUUGUGCCUCGACCAGUCCUUGAAGAGGAUGGGCGUUGACUACGUCGACUUGCUCCUGGCGCACUGGCCCGUCGCAUUCAAGCCGAUAUCGAGAGAAGCACUUGAAAAUGCGAACAACCGUGCCUACGUCUCCAAAUCCGAGAAAGGAAUCUUAGUGGAACCUGGCACAGACAAAGCGGUUAUUGACUGGGAACACACCACCAAUAAUAUCGCAACCCAAGCCGGCCAGAAAGGGAGCUAUGUUCCCACGUGGCAAGCAAUGCAGAGACUGGUAUCAACCGGCAAGACCAGAGCCGUUGGCGUCUCCAACUUUUCCAUUUCAGAAGUCAAGGAGAUCCUGCCUUACGCUCAAGACGUGCCGAUGUCCUGCAACCAGGUGGAAGUGCAUCCCUGGCUACCGAACAACGAGCUCAUCGCAUUCAUGAAGGAACACGGCAUCCUCGUAACUUGCUACUCGCCGUUUGCAGGUCAAAAGGCGGACGGGGAGACACUGCUUAAAGAUCCCACAGUCAAGAAGCUCGCCGAGAAGAAUGGUAUGGACGUCGGACAACUACUGCAGAGUUGGGCUGUCCAGAGAGGCACCGUCCCUCUGGGAAAGAGCCAGACGGAAGCGCGAAUCAAAUCUAACCUUGCAGUAAGAGAGCUGUCGCCAGAAGACAUGAAAGCUCUUGAUGCGCUCGAGAUUCCGAACGGCAAGGGAAGGACAAUCAGCUAUUCUGAGGAAUGGGGCGUCAAUCUCUUCACCAACUGAUAUGUUACACCUGGGAUUCAAUAGGAGGAGAAAGUGCUCUAGAGACAAUAGAACAAUACACAUCAAGGACUCUACACGAGAAAACUUGACACUCUAGAUUUUCGAUAGAUGAGUGCACAUUCGCAAGGCUGUGGUGAGG